AUGGGCUGGGGUGCCCUCUGUGUUGCCGGCGGCGGGGCCUACUACUUCGCAAAGCAAUCCAUCAACGCCGACCGACAAUCCCGAUUUGAAGCCGAGAUCAAGCACAAGACCCAGAUGAAAUUGAUGGAGGAAGAACACAAGCGGCAAGCGCUGGCCGUGCCCGCGCACACCAACGGCGAUCCUAGCUCGAAUCUAGCGAAGAUGGCCAAGUUCCAAAACAGUGCCGACGACGUUGCCUCGCCGAGCGUCGAGGCCUCCCACGACCCAGCAGCUACCCGUCACGAGCCUUUGACCGAGGCCGACCGUGUGUUGGAGAAGGGUAAAUAUGAGGCAGCGCAGCCAUACCGCCCUCCCUCUGGGAACCGGUUCAGUUGA